UCCAUCCAGUCCGAGAGUUCAAGCGAUAUCUUUCUCACCUAUGAUCGAAAUGUUCGUAAACAAGCAGCCGAAAUGGCAGGUGUAACCACUGUUGCCAUUACCUCAUGCGACAGCGCAGAGUUCCGAUCUGCACCAACGCAAAUGCAAAAAAUUGAACCGACCAAGCCUGGCAUAGAGUUCGGACAUUACCACAGGAUCGGAGAACAAGCAAUGCCAUCUCUGUUGUCUCAAACUGUUGAGAUGAUGGAUGACUGCGAUGGUGGGACGACACACCGUGUACAACAGUUGCGGUCUCUCGUGGCUGGACCGAUUGAGCAGUCACAGCUUCUCUCUAAAGAAGACGCCGGUCGUUCAAGUUUGAACGCCGGCAAGCACUCUAAUGUUAGCGUACAUCGAUUCAGAAAUUAUUAUUUUGAGACGUCACGUGAACGGCAAAUGUCUAUGAAUUCACAUCCGGGAGAGAAUGCUAUGGAAGAAGUGAAUAGUGAGCAUGUCCCUAUGGAAAUCUUACAGGAAGUAAAAUUGCCAUCAGAAUGUAUAACAGCUACGCAUGAGGAGCAAGAAAGAGGUAGACAAGUUCCAUCCAUGGAGGACUUCAGUAGUAAUACUAAUGAUCAGACCCAUAUGGAGGUAGCGAAGGAAGUCGAAUCGUCAUUCAAAUAUACGGCUGCUGGACAUUGGGAGCAAGGAAGCAAGAGUGUGUAUUAUAAAGAUGUGGCAGUGAUUUCAACAACUGCAGGAAUCUCAUGUUGUGAAAUUGGCAUUCCAAGAGUUCAACCAGUUUUUAAGCAGUCAACUAAUGAAGUUACCUUUGUUGAAGCAAUGUUGUCUCAUGCUUCAGAGUGUAAGAAUUCAUUGUGUCUGUUUCCUGAGUGUCAUAAGAUGAAAGCAGAAAUUGCUCAUUGCUUACAACAUGAUUUGUUAAGAAAUUACAAGAAAUGUGAUCGCUGCACUUCUGUCGGAAGUGUUAGUAUUUAUCAUUAUCGUACUUGCUUUGUUCCAUCAUGUUCCUUUUUCUUUUGCAACAUUUUGAAAGCCAGGUUAAACAAACAAAGAACUGAUGAUGACCUUGUCUGCCCUCACAACAUAGUUUACAAGGAUUCUAUAAUCACUUUCAGAAUAGAGUCUUUCAUUGAGAAUGUUCAUUACUCUGUCAUUACUGCAAAAGUAGUAGGCCAUGGACAAAAUGGCAAUGUGUGUGAAGUGGAGUUGUUACAAUCAAUAUAUGAGAACCACGCUCGUCAUAUAAUGCAAGAACAAAAGAUUUGCAUGAAGAAGUGCAAAUAUCGUGCAGAAGAGAUAGAAAUUGUGGCUGCUGUGAGAGGUCAUUCCAAUAUCAUUAAAACUCUGCUUAUUGUACAGUCAAAUGAUCAGAUGCUUGUUUUUAUGCCAAAAGUUAAGUGUUCACUAUUGGAAUGGAAGAAUAGGUUAGAUAAUGAGAAGAAAAAUCCAUCUGUGUUAGAUGUUUUUGAUGUGGCAAAUGACGUAACACAUGGACUUACUUUUAUUCAUUCACAUGGAAUUGUUCAUCGAGAUAUUAAAGGUGAGUUUAUUUCAUUAGAAUAGCAUGGGUGGAUACAUAGUACAGCUGUUUGUGCUGAUUCAGAAUUUUAUUUGUUGUAAUCUUUUAUAAUUCAGGUAUCUGUCUGAAUGUUGCUUUUUAUCUGUUUCUUUUGUGUUUGUGUCUCUGUCUGUUUCCUGUUCUAUUAUGGAAGUGCUGUUGUAAGAGCAUUGCUAGAAGUGCCAGAAUGAUAAGUAGUGAGAGCAUGGAGGGUAUCAGUAUUUUUUAGGUAUGAUAAUCAACUUUGUAGCUUUCGUGUUGAAUGAACCAGAGAGAAUUUGAGCUCGAGGAUGUUGCUUCUGCACCUGAGAGAGUAGUGAUUGUAUAGCAAUGGAAAACAAGAAGGGGCCCAACGGGUCUCCUUGAUGUACUCCUUACAACUGGAGCAUGACAGUUCUAUGGCCAUUAGUAUACACAAGUGAGCUGACAGGACCAUACAUAUUAAGACCAUGUGGAUACAAGUCCAGAAAAUGAUUGCAUACUUGCUGUAACAUGUGUUGUGAACUAAUCGAAUUGAAAGCAUUCUUAAAGGAACAUUUCGGACACAUGCGUUAGUAUAUUGCGCCCCGUAUACACCAUUGAUUGUUGGUUACCGACAAUCAAAUUAAGACAUUUGACACAUUUGCAGAACGACAUAUGCUUAUGUAUGCUUUUAACUGAUUAGAUGAUAAAUUCUAUGACGUUUGUAACUUUUUUCAAUCGGGACUCCAACUUCUAGAAUAUCUACCCUAGAUCGCAGUUUGCAAAGCGUUCUGUUUGGUUCAGUAGUUGAAACACUUGUGCACGACUUACUCAUACUUCUCAGACAGGUAACACUUUUCUAUCUUGACGCUGAAGAUGGUUUUCUCGCCAUCACGUGUAACAUCAUGUGACAUCGACAACAAUCCGUGAUUCCGUAGAAGCGCGGUGGACGCCGAAACAGAUCCAGAUGGCAAAAUAGAUCUGGACGCCGAUACUGCUCGCCUCCUUAUCCUUUUGCUAGUGUUCAUGUGCGACGGACUAUUUAUGAACAGUUGUUUUUACCACACACCGAAGAGGCCUGCCGUAAAAACUAGACUCAACUGUAACUUUCCAUUGCAGUUGUUGUCACUUCCAUCAGCCCAUGCAGCCAUUGCUUCUUUGCCGCAAAUGUACAUUAGCGCACGUCUCUAAAAUGUUGCGUUAACACAAAUCUCCGAAAUGUCUCUUUAACGUCUCAUUUUGAAAUUACCCAAUCUGGGUGUUCUUCAAUCAAAGCUUGAGCCUGAUGAACUAUAAGCUCAACUCCACCAUCAUUUACAUUUCCUAGAAAUUCCU